AUGCGGUUUCCAAUUCUCACCCUCGCUCUACUCUCUACUCUCCUAACCCUCCCCUCCACCACCCUCUCCCACCCAUCUCCAAGCACAGAACACCUCCACCUCCACCCCCGCGGCCAAGGCACCAUUACCUUUAUCGGCUCCCUCCUCAACAACGGGUUAAAGGUCCUCCAGCUAGACAAAUCCGUCCGCUACUUCACCCCCGAGCGUCUAGACGACGUCAAAACUCGUUCGUCGGAAGCACUGCAAAGCCUCGAUGAAGCAAUAGCGACUGGGAAAUCUAUCGGCCAUUUUGACCCUACAAGUAGUCAUGUUAUUGCUGCGCUGUGUAUACCGUUGAAGCCGUUCUACGGGAGUAUGAUUAAUGCGAUUCGUGAUAAGCGCGAGGAAUUGACCGCGGCGAAAUACAAAGACGAGAUGAUAAAGACGCUGGUUGCUCUUCGGGUGAAGAGUCGGGAGUUGGCGGAGCUGGUGAAGAAGAUACUCACGGAGCCUGAUGGGUCGUUUUGUUUGUUUCUCGAGGAUUUUAUUGAUAAGCGGUUUUCGAAAACGAUUGAUGAAUAUAAGGGGAUCAAUAGCGGUGAUUCGGAUGAUGUGGAGGGAGAUAUCUGGAAUGUGGAAGAGUAG